UCGGUCUCACCGAAACAUCUCUGCUCCUCCCUUUUAAAACCCACUUUUGCCCUUCCCAUUCGCUUAUCUCUAGAUUGCAUUUCCAAACCCGCAGGGCAAAAACCCAAAGGCCACAGCCCCAAACGCCAAUUCUCCGCCCGCACCACCACUUCCACCCGUCCCCACCACCUUCGCGAAGGGGAGGGAACGAACAUGGACGCGUUUCAACAGUCUCAUCGGUUUAUGAGACCGCCCCCUCCGCCGUCAUCCAUGGCGGAUCCCCACCUCAAUCUCCCCCACCACCACGCACCACCAAGACAGCCAGUCCCUUCACAAGGCCCUUGGUACCCUGGGCAAUUUCAGUACCACCCGUCGCAGCCUCCGUCUCCACCGCCUCAGUGGGCCGCGCCACCCCACUCCGAUCAUCUUCCUCCCUCCGCUUAUCCUGCGCCGGCUCUCCACAACCCUUAUCCUGCUUACCCACCUCACAGUCAGUUCCCUCCGCCUCCUCGCGCCUCCGUGCCUCCCCCUCACCUUCCUCCUCCUCAUCAUCCUCACUCCCAAGUUCCUCCACCUUAUCCUCAGGUCAACCAGGAAUGGGGCAAUUCUAAUUGGGCUCAUCACCAAAGUUGGGAAUAUCCAGCUCAUAGCAAUGAGGAAGAUUGGGCUGCCAGGGCCAGAGCAUGGGCUGCUGCCAAAGCUGCAAUGGAAAACCAGCAUCCACAGUCACAGUUUACGCCAGGUGGCAGACAUGAUGAACAGAGUCAUUAUCAUGAUCAUUUUCCACAACCUGUUGACCCCCAUUAUCCAGAGUUUCAACAGCAGUCCUUUCCUGCAUCAAGCUAUCAGCACUAUCCGCUGCCCCCUGCGCCUCCACACAGGCCAGUUGUUGCUCAUUUGCAGGAGUCUACAUCCAUUGCCCCUGGAUCAUCUUAUGUUCCCGAUGGGCAUUUACCUUAUACUGUUAGGGAUGGAACUUUGGCUGGAGAAUCGAGUGCUCUUUUUCCUCGUCAAGAAAGUCUACCUACAAGUCCAUCUGUUCACCAGCAGGAGGUACCUUCUAGUUAUUCUUCUGUUGCAGGUAAAGAAGAGGCUGCUGAUCAGAAGGAGCAGAUGUACAAGUCUUUGCCUUACCCUGUUUCCUCAGAUCAGGAGCCGCAGCACAAUUUGCAACCAUCUCUAUCUGCUGGUAGAUCAGUUUUGAUGGAACAGCCUCAUUUUUCAUAUGGAAAUCAGUCAGUUGAUGCCACAACAGAUCUUGUUGAUCAGCCUUUAGUUUUUGCAUCGAGGUUUAACCGUGAACAUGAUCCUCUUACACAAUCUAGUUACACUGAUCCAGCGGGGACUAUAAGAGGCACUGACCCUAUUGCAGCUGUGCCUUCUAUUCAUAAUUGGACUCCCACUGUUGCAUCUGGGGUAGUUUAUCCUCCGAUUCCACGGCAUGAUCCUUCCAUAGCUGUACCUUCCUCUCUUUCUGGACAUCCAGCACCAAUGUUUGGUAGGAUCCCAGGAGCAACCUUACAGCCGCCAGUUCCAUCUGUUGGUACAACCUUUGGCCUCAGUGCAGGUAAUAUUCUUCAUCCUACAACAACCUUUUCUGGUGAUGCUUUCGGGGUUUCCAAUGUUCCAGAGCGCCCUAAAAAGGCUUCGGUGCCUAAUUGGCUUAGAGAAGAAAUCAUUAAAAAAAAAGCUGUCAUUUCUAGUUCUGCUCCAGAGCAUCUUAAAGAGGAAGCACAAUCCAUUGAAGAUGAAGGCAUUGAUAAAUCCCUUGGGAAGGGUGAUCAGGCAGAGAGCAAAAGUAUUGACUCGUCUAGGUCGACUGAAGAAGAGGAUGAUGAUGAGGAUUAUGUGGAAGCUGCUAGAACUGCUGCAAUUAAUCAGGAAAUAAAACGUGUCCUAACUGAAGUUCUUCUAAAGGUUACUGAUGAGCUUUUUGAUGAAAUUGCAACAAAAGUUCUGAAUGAGGAUGAUUUAACAAUUGAAGUAGAAGCCAAUGCUGUUGCCCAAAAUCAUAAAGUAUCACCAUCUCCUGCAUCAACUCAGAAUUUGAAGGCUUCUGCUAAGGUUCUAAUUCCAGUUAAAGCCAAAGAAACUGUGACUGAAGAUGUGGGUGGAAAAUCUAGUUCCAGCUCACCUGGAGAUGUAUUGGGUCUUGCAAGUUAUGCCUCUGAUGAGGAUGAUGAUGAUGUGGUUCAGACUUCCAGUUUGCCAGAUUCUGGGAAAAAUGCUAUUCAGCCACAAUCAAAUGUAAAAAACUUUUCAGAUACUGUUCAUGAUGCAGUUGAGAAUGGCAGUUUACAAGCAAAUAUUGAAGAGCUUGGUAGAGGUCGAGUAAUUGCAAGGAGUGAUCCUGGUAGUGUGGGUACAGCUGGUGUCAAAAUCGAUCGUGCUGCUGAAGUUAAUGAGUCAAGUGAUAAUGGGGUGGAUAGACAGUUAGAACGUGGUAAUAUUGGACCUUUAAAUUCUUCAAAAGAUCUCUCUGAAAUUGGGAAAUAUGAUACUAAUGUUGUUGAAAAGAAGCUAGAUGGUUCCGAUGAUUCACAGUCAAAGCUAACUUUAGGUGAUUCUCAUGGCAGAGAAGCCAAAAUUAAACCAGCUAAGGAUGACAGACAUGAAAUUAAAAGUUCUGUUGGGAAAGGCGUUGUUAGGGAGUUGGAGAGUGAUAAGAAGGUAAAUGAGAAGGUAGCUGAGAACCAUCAGAGGCAGGAUGAGAGGCGUUUCAGAAUGGAAAAGACAGAUGAAAGGAAUGGCUCUAAAGAGAGAAUGAAAGAGCAGCAUCUUGAAAAGACUAAGGAAUCGGAUUCAAGAAAAAAGUCCUAUCAUCUUGAUGCUAAGGAGGAUAGAAAAGAAACAGAGAGAGCAAAAAAAGUGAGUGAUAAAGUGGACAUUAAUAGAAAGAGAGAGAGAGGGAAGGAUGAGAAGGGAGAUAGAUCGAGACAUAGACCUGUGACAGAGUCGAGCAAACAUAAGAGAAGACGUUCUUCUUCACCCAGCAGUAGGGGUAGAAAUAGCAAGGAUAAUUCACUGGUUAGUCAUGCCAAUGACUCAAGUGAUGAUGCCUCAGAGAAUUCUAAAAGGAAGCUGCAUUCAAAAAGACGGAACUCAUCACCGUCGCCUGGCAGGUCUAGGAGAAGACAAGUUUCGCGGUCUCCACAUAGCAAGCAUUCUGAACGCAGGCAUUCUCCCUAUUCUUCUCUUGAGGCCUCCAGGGGGAGGAGGUCAAGGUCGAGGUCAAGGUCACCUGUUCGCCGGAAAAGGAGCUGUGAGGUGUUUUGCUGGUCUGAUGACCCUCGCCGUCUUGGCGGGGGUGGUGCUAGUGGUAUUCGUGUACAUUUCACCUUGCCCAAUUUCAACUCCACCUUUCCGUUAAAGCUCCACACACCUUCUGACAGACCCAACUUACAAAAAUAUUUCAAACCCAUCUCAGCUUCAAUCUUAGCCUCAUUCCUCAACUACAUAGCACCAAUGAAGGUUUCUUCUAGUUUCUCUUCCUUCGCCCGCAGAAAGCCAGUUCAGCUUGGAUUAUGGUCAAUUUGGACAUGUGGGUUUCUUCUUAUUGGCCUAUCUCUCUAUGCCACUCAGAGGUUACCUUCACUGGAGGAUCAAAUCAACAAUUCCAAAGGUUUAGACCAUUUGGGCGAUCCGACAAUUGCAAUAUUCUCCGCGCCUCGCCCGUUCACUGGUUCAAUCGGGGCAAGGCAGGUUCUUGCGGUUCGUUCAUGGCUUGCUUUGUCCCCGGACAUCAGUAUAUUUCUGUUUAGCCGAGACCCUAGUGUUGCUUCUUUUGCACGUGCCUUCGGUUCGCGUGUUUCCAUCGAACCCAAUAUCGAUUUCACUUUCCUGGGUACACCUUUCUUCCAUUCCAUGGUUGCAAGAGCACAGGCAUCAACAUCAGACAUUUCUGUUCUUAUCGACCCUGAAACAAUUCUCCUGCCGGACUUAAUAUCAACCUUGAAUCAUGCUUGCAAACUUGAUCACGAAUGGCUUCUUGUUGCUUCAUCACAAAACAUUUCCUACUUUCCAUUUUAUUUGGAUGAAACUGGGAAACAUUGGCUGAGAGAGGGAGGUAGACAGAUUGGACUUGAGAAGUUGCAGGAGUUUCUUGCGCAGACCUGGCAGUGGAGUUAUUGUGAUGAGAGGAUGCUAAUGGCAUGGAACAAUAGAGGCCUGCUUUUGCAUAGUGGUGUUAUCCCUCCUUUCUUGUACGGGAGGGGCCUCCACAAUCAUUGGGUUAUUAAUGAGGCUCUAUCUUUUGACUCUAGGUUCGUAUUUGAUGCCAGUUGGACCAUAUCAAAUUUCCGCCUGAAUAAUUCAGAUCAGCACUCCAAUCGGUUAGUUGGAGGUUUCAAAGUUCCAAAUAUUGAAGAAGGAAGUUGGGAGACUCUGGGUAAUUCACAUCUAGGGGCAUUGUAUGGAUCAUUGUAUUUCCAUGAAGCCAAGUACUCUGAUUUAGUAAAAUUGAUCAAAUGUAGUGGGCAAUAUAUUUUUGUUGACACAGAAAAAAAAGUUAUUCAUCCAUUUGGAUAUGAAAGCUCAUUGAGCUUAUGGAAUGGAAGGAUAUUCCAUUUUUGGAGGGAGAAGAAAACUAUGGAGUGCAUUGGUGGUAUAAAAUCAGCUGAAAAAAUUAUAGAUUGUUCAAUGAAGAAUCUCUUGGCAUCCUCAAUGCGAUUACAUAUUCCAUUCUCCUUAGAAUCUCUUCUUUCGGCUGUUGCAGACAAGAAUAAGACAGUUGUGCUUGCUGUCGCGGGAUACAGUUACAAAGACAUGCUAAUGAGCUGGGCAUGUAGAAUGCGCCAGCUCCUAGUAAUGAAUUUUGUGGUUUGCGCUCUUGAUCAUGAAAUCUAUCAGUUCUCCAUCUUGCAGGGCCUGCCUGUUUUCAAGGAUCCAUUAGCUCCAAGCAACAUCAGCUUCAGCAACUGCCACUUUGGAACAAAAUGCUUCCAGAGAGUGACCAAAGUGAAGUCCCGAUUGGUUUUGCAGAUACUGAAGCUGGGGUAUAAUGUACUUUUGAGUGAUGUUGAUGUCUAUUGGUUCCAAAAUCCAUUACCAUUCCUUUACUCUUUUGGUCCUGCUGUUGUCGCAGCGCAAUCUGAUGAAUACAAGAAAACAGGACCCAUUAACUUACCUCGACGAUUGAAUUCUGGUUUCUACUUUGCUCGUUCUGAUGGUAAAACAAUUGCGGCUAUGGAAAUGAUAGUGAAGCAUGCUGCAACCUCCAAUCUAUCUGAACAGCCAAGCUUCUAUGACACCUUAUGUGGUAAAGGAGGGACCAAUCGCCUUGGUGAUGACAGAUGCUUGGAACCCAAAACAAAUCUAACGGUAUACUUCUUGGACAGAAACCUCUUUCCAAAUGGUGCAUAUGAUGGUCUAUGGGAGAAAAAAGAUGUGAAAACUGCCUGCUUGAAGAAAGGCUGUCUCAUCCUCCAUAACAAUUGGAUCAGUGGAAGGAGUAAGAAACUCGAACGUCAGGUGCUUUCAGGCCUCUGGGAGUAUGACCUUAGCACCAGGAUGUGUCUGCAAAGCUGGCAUAAUACCAAAGUGAUCAGUUACUUCUAGACAUUCUUGCUACAUUCUUGUUUUCUCUUGGUGGUUAGCUUUGGUUUCAUCAUUGCUUUCCCUCGAAAAGAGAAUAGUAAAGAAGGAGCUGGCCACAAAUAACAGAAACAAAUCUGACACAGGAAAUACAUUGAAUUACCUCAAACUAAUGAAAUGUUAGCACUCCUGUUGCUGGAUAUAAUGCAAAUAUUUGGGUUCAAAGCUUCUGAUUUCUGGCUGUGCUGAAGGGAUGUGAUCUUUUGUUAGGACUAGUCCUGUUCCUGCAACAUUGGGCUUAAGCUUACAACCAAAAAGAUUUUGUUGCAAAGAUAGUUCAUGGAGUUCGGAGUGGGAGCUAUACCAAAAUUCAGUUCCUUCAUCUCAAAUGAUGGUAAAAAAAUAUCCUCGACAUUGGUUGCCUAUCCAGAAGAUAUUCAUGAAUUUUUCCCAAUAUUUUCAACAAUCUUUCCCUUCUAUGGCUAGAAGAAAAGCUGUUGCCUGGUCUGAAAUAUUGCCUAAUCCAGUUGACCUCUGCAGGUAAUUAUGAUUACCUUGUGCUGGUUGAGUACCUGCAUAAUAUGGUCAGCAACUCAUCAGAAGAAUACUCUAUAUGAACAUGUCCUAUGCGUCACAAAGAUUAAAGUGAUUUCAUGCUUCUGAAAUUUGUAGUUCAACAAUGUUCCCAUGCACAAGAGUGGCCUUUAACCUGCGUGGAAACGGCAUUGGUGGCUAUAUUCAAAGGUCAAACUACUAUUAUGCUUUUAAUGAACUACUAUCUUUAGAGGUCGUUGAAUGUUGUCUCCUCAAUCCUCAAAAUGCUAAUGGAGCUAUAGUUUCAGGGUAGCAGAUUUUUCAGAUAUAGCAAUAGCAAAAUUAGCAGUUUUCUGCUCUCUUGGAAACUGCUUGGUUUCCUCAUGUUUGUCUGUCACUCUCUUGAGGUCCAUUGCUUCCUUUUCAAACCAUUCUCUUAGAAAUUUGUGAGAAAUUCUUCAGCCACAAAAAUGCCUACUUUGGAGUUUGGUCUUGCUGAAUUGCUGAAAUUAUGUCUGAAAUCUGAAUGAGUCCAAAAAUUAUAAUUUUUUAGCAUGAAAGUUUUUGAUUUGCAUUAUUUUUUCUUUUCCAAAUUUUAUUGACAUGCACGCUAUUGCUCGUUCAACACCCAUCAAAUUAUAGUAAAGCAUUUAAAGAGUGAAGUUCCAGUGUUUGUGACCAUCUUGCCCAACCCUUUAUAAAUGGAUCUCUAUUGUAAAAAUGUCAAAUGCAUUCUUGGUCUUUGCCAAACACUUCAUUUGUACUGCUCCCCUAUCCAUAUUUUCAAGCUGGCGGCUAUGAGCAAGAAGUAAUGGCCUUUUUAUUCACUUCAAUCUGGACAACUGAUUUUGUUAUGUCAAUUCAAUUCAUGGUGAUUCUGACACAGCAAAUCACAGAAGAUCAAAGAAAUGUCAUCAUUGUAAAUAUCACUUUGAAAAAACAUGCGUGAUUUCUGAUAAAUAGCAAGUGUUUCACUAUCCUAAAUUUACACUCACAGAAUAUAUGACAGGAGCUUGGUCAAGAUCCAAGUGUAGAAUACAGAAACUAUGGCACCCACUGGAAUUGUCACAGCCCAUGAAGUCACAAUCUCCUUCACUGUUUCUGUUCUAAUUCUGUUUAGUCCUCUUGCAAACCCCACCCCCAUCACAGCACCCACUAGAGUAUGGGUUGCUGAGAUGGGUAGUCCCAACUUUGAUGCAAAUAGGACCACAGAAGCUGCAGCAAAUUCAGCAGCAAAUCCUCUAGUUGGAGUGAGUUCUGUAAUUUUCUUUCCAAUUGUGGCUAUCACCCUAUAACCCCACAUUGUAAGACCCGCAACAAUCCCAAAUCCACCCCAUGCAAGAACAUCAGUUGGAAUAACAAUUUCAGUUCCACCUGUGCCGUGAAGAAUAGAUAAUGCAGCAGCCAAAGGGCCAAUUGCGUUAGAGACGUCAUUUCCACCAUGAGCAAAUGACAUGAAGCAGGCUGAGAGGACUUGCAUGUACCCAAACACCCCAUACACAAUUUCAAGCUGGGUACCUUUUGGGCCUGCUAUAUCUGAAAGAAACCCUAUAUUUUUAUCAUGAAGAGCAUCUUCCUUCUGCUCUGAUGACUUGAGCAGAAGAUGACCAAGCUGUUUCUGAAUAAUUCUGUAGACGAGGAAUGCACCAGCAGUGCCACAGGCUAAGGCCUGGGUCACAGCCAAUGGAAGUGUCUUGCUAAGAGGGAAGGCUGCAAAAGAGAUUCCAGUUACGCCCACAAAAACAGCAAUUGGUGCAGCUGCAGCUGCAGCUUGCCCUGGGUUUGGAGCACUGUACACAAACUAGAAGAAGUGAAGCAGUUAAGUAUCAGGGACUGCAUGAAACAUCUCAUCAAUGUUACAGGUUUUGAAGGAUUGUAAACUUGUUUGGUUGCAUUUGGCAUUGUCUUAGAUUUGUUGUGUACAACAUAAUUCAGCCUACCAUGCUUAUGGCCUAUGAUUUGUCCUAUGUUGAGGACUUUCUUGUUCUCCUUUAGCUGCAUCUGAUUUUCCUUUCUGGUUUCGAUUAUCCUUUUUUUCCUAGAAAUAAAAAUCAGUGUGAACUUUAUGAUAGCAUGCUAAACAUGCUGAUUUCCUAAGCCAUAAGCAUGGAAUUUACAUUAAAUGUAAGCUUCUGAGCCAGAUGGUUUGAGUCCCAGUGAAUGAGAACAUACCCUGCGGAUACACUUGUAGACAAGAAAUGAGACCAUUGCACCUAUUAAAGGUGAGAACACCCAGGAUGAAAUCACCCUCAUCAGUGAACUCCAGAAGACAGCACCAGCCCCACCAUAGACGAGGCCAAAUCCAACCAUGCUUCCUACAAUACAAUGCGUGGUGGAGACAGGCCAGCCAUAAUAUGAUGCAACCUGAACAAAGAAGACAACUUCAUCAAAGAGGAAGUGCAGAGAAACACCAAAUAUUUAAUUUAGCAUUAAAUGGGGUGGCGAUUCUAUCCAACAUAUGAAGAAAAUCAGAUUUUUUUGUCUCCCUUCUUGAUAAAUCCCUUGUGGCUAUGAUGCAUUUUGCAAUAGUGCACACUGAAGACAAUUCUCAGAAGAUGAUGCCGAAUCCAGGUCUUCCCCAACGUCACAGCUUUCUUGUACAUUCAAAUGCUAAAAAUGGACAGCAUGUCCAGACCAAUAUUGCACCAGAGUUGAUAUAUGAUCCUUAAAAGUGCCCCAAACUUGCUGAAAGUAAAAAGCAGCUACAAAUGCUCGUUCAAUUCUUCAGGCUGUUUUGAUACUGGGUGCUGGAAGAAGUUGUGGAAAUCAAAUAUUCAUUUGAGAACAUAGAUUCUGUGCUGAACAUUGGUGUUAAAUGCCAUUCCUCCUAAAUCUACUAUGGCCUGUAGCUUUCCGGCAGAUAGAUGAUACACUAUGUACCCCCCUUUUAUCUUGUAGAUGAUUCUGUGCUUUCAACACCAGCUCUCAAAGAAGCCAUGGUUAACACUUUUAUUUUCAUUUGUUUGGCGGUGUUCUUGUCAUUAGUGGGGAUUUUUUUUUUCCUAUCUUUAUUAGAAAAUCUCUCACUUAUAGUUGAAAAAUACCGUGAUUCCAACCUUGAGUCGUUAGUGGGUUUACUUUUAAUGGUUGGGGGUACAAAUACCCUCUUGCUGUGUAUUGUAGGAUUAGCGUGCAGCUGUGUUCAAAUCAAGCUUCCCUCUUGUCUACCUAUCUCUUAACAUUCUACCUUCGUUCUUCUUCCUCCUUUCCUUUUUCUCCCUUCCUUUCUUCUCUUGUUAUUUAUGCUGACGUAGGUGACUUGUUCUUUCAUUCUGAAACUGAUAGGCUUCUGGUAAUGUUUUUUGGAACUGUGUAUUGGUUCAUUUUGAAAGAAAAUCCUGAAAUGAGAAUAUUGGAAC